AUGGCGCUGCUCGAGACGGUCCGCGCGCGCGCCGAGCCAGAAUACGCGCGCGCCGUGCUGCAGGCCUACGCGGGCGCCAAGCUCGCGCGCGGCAGGCCAAGGGUGAAAGUGAACGCGAAGCUGCUCUCGCUCGAGCGCCAGUACCCAGCGUACGCGCCCGACUUUGCGGCCGUGCGGCUCGCAUUCGACCUGCCGCUGUGCAUGAUCCUCGGGCCCCAGACGCCGGGUUACGACGCGGAUAACCCGUACCACUAUGCGCAUCGGGGGCGCGUGGUCCCGCCGCCAGCGUACGACCAUGAGAGCAGCCCGCCAGAGUAUGUCGAGGGGGUGGGCGCGCCCGCGUACGCUCCGUGA